GUUCAAAAAUGACGAGUCGAAUCAACAUGACGGGCACCAGAUGGCGUUAGCUGCCGCGAUUGCCGCGCUGCACGUAUGCGGCGGAGCGCAUCCUCGGCAAGGGGCAGGGCGAGGUGUCACUGACGUCACGUUCGGCAAUGUCCGCUGGCACUCGACUUGGCCGAUCUCGCCCGAACGGGUCAAUGUCUGAGGAGGAGACAUCGAAAAAUCCAAUGGACGGUGUGGUGUUACCGUGCUGCUGUUCGACGACGACGAAGCUGAGAAGUCGUCGCUGAUUGCCGGGUUGAUCGUGCAGUAUCAUCGCCGCCGCGUAAAUCGCGACCGUACGCCCCUUUUCUCACGUCCACACCGUCGCGUCGGUCGCAUUGCCGUGUCAAUAUACCGAAGCGCUGCUGCGAGAUCUGCUUUGCGUCGGUCUAUCGCUGCCCGAGACCAAGCGAGAGAGAAAGAGAGAGCGAGCGAGCGAGAGAGAAAGAUAGACAAUGCCGAUUGAACACGGGUGUUGAACGCAACGACGGCGACGACGACGGGAACGGUGGCGACAGCGACAGUAACGACGAUUUCCCGUUCGGGGGAGAGAGAAGAGCGCGGUAGCCGCGACAGCUCCUCUCGCUGCAUAAUUUCACUCGCCGACUGACAUCGCAGCGAGAUGCAGCAGCGGCGGCAGCGCGAAAGUCCGUCAAACAUCAGUGACGAGAAGUAGUCCGAGAAUCGGAGUAGAGCCAAAAGAGUGACGGGCCUCCAUUGUGAAAAAGACAGAGAAAGGUAGUGAGGUAGAGAGCGAGCGAGAGAGAGAGAAAAAAAAAAGAGAAGAAACUGAGUGAGACGUAGCGGAGUGAGGUGGCGCGGGCGAGCGAGAGAGAGAGAGAAAGAGAAAGGAAGGACGUUCGCAGGAACGGGAAAGGAACGAAGACGGAACGAGGAGGGACGGGGAGAGCCGCAACGCGACGUUGGCCGUGGAACUGAAAAAUCCACGCCGCGCGCGCGUCGUCGGGCCGCGAGGGACCCGCGCGCAGUGGCGCGCCGCUGUACGCGAUACGUCAGCGGCCGACAACUACGGAGAAACCUGAACCGCGAGGAGCGGGUUCUCCUUCGCGUACGAGCCGUUCCGAAAACGUCGGCCGUCGUUACCGACGAACGACAAAUCCCUCGCCGUUCGCUAGGUAGUGCUCCGCAGCGGCGCCUCUGCCCCGCCGCCGCUCAUUGGUCGGUGGAACCGCGUUUCGGAGCUGCUCGCCGCGGUUGCCGCUGCCAUUAUCGCACCGCUGUGACAGCACGAGCAAAAAGGUAGAUCGUCAUCGUCGGGAGUGCACGUGUCAAGGAGAGAAAGGGUGGUGUCGCGUACGCGAUCACGGUGACUGCGGGUUUCCUCCCCGCCCGACGGGGAACGUGCAGUUCGCGGAACGAACGGACGGGUUGCGGAGGGCCGCGGGUCGCGAUCUUGUCGCGUCCGUUUUGGUGUCGCUACACACGCUUUCGCGUGGAAGAGGAGAAAAUCAGUCGUGAAAAGAGUGGUGUCGUCCUCGUCUACGGUGCUCCCUCCUCGCGAUCUCUCGCCACUUCCGCUUUCCGCGCUCCUCCUCCUCCCCCUUCUGUCCGUCGGUCGUACGAGCGUCGUGGCGUAACGCGGAAUAGGGAACGCGCAAAGAAGAACGGUGAGGAAGAAAGUGAGCGGGGGGGAGAGAGAUAGAGAGAGAAGAAGAAGCGGAAAGAGUGAAAGAGGAAGUGCGCGCGCGCGAGCGCGCGUUCGCGUGCGAUGUGAUAAUUGCGUGUGCGCCUGUCAUUGAUGUGCGAGGUGGUGUUGACGGCGAAAACGACGUCGACGAAUACCGGGGUUAUCUUCGGGCGGAGGCGGAGAAGGAGAAAGAAUUGCCAGAAGUACCGAUCGACCUAACCUAAGCGGUCACAAGAGGAGGCGCAGAGGAAAGGCGGCGGAGACGCAGCCCUUCUCGUGUGGAGGAGCGGAGGUGGAGGCGGUCGAGACAGCUUCAGGAUGAGCGGACGACCGAGGACCACCUCCUUCGCCGAGGGCAAUAAACCGCCCGCGAACCCACCCCUGGGCGGCAUGAAGAUCAGCAGUGGUGCGAUGUACCCUGCAGGCAAGGAUGGCAGCAAGGUGACAACCGUGGUAGCAACCCCUGGUGCAGGCCCAGACCGCCCUCAAGAGGUCGCCUACACCGACACUAAGGUCAUCGGCAAUGGCAGCUUUGGAGUAGUGUACCAAGCGAAACUGUGUGAUUCGGGCGAGAUGGUUGCCAUCAAAAAGGUUCUCCAAGAUAAGCGAUUUAAGAACAGAGAAUUGCAAAUCAUGCGACGCCUCGAACACUGCAACAUCGUGAAACUCAAAUAUUUCUUUUACUCUAGUGGUGAUAAGAAGGACGAGGUUUAUCUCAAUCUAGUCCUGGAAUACAUACCCGAAACUGUGUACAAAGUCGCUCGACACUAUAGUAAAAGCAAGCAAACGAUACCAAUCAGUUUCAUCAAGUUAUACAUGUAUCAACUAUUCCGUUCCCUAGCGUAUAUCCACUCGCUAGGCAUCUGUCACAGGGACAUUAAGCCGCAAAAUCUGCUCCUGGAUCCGGACACCGGUAUCCUCAAGCUAUGCGACUUCGGUUCGGCUAAGCAUCUGGUUAAGGGCGAGCCGAAUGUGUCUUACAUCUGUAGCCGUUAUUAUCGCGCGCCUGAGCUUAUCUUUGGUGCUAUCGACUAUACCACAAAGAUCGAUGUAUGGAGCGCAGGUUGCGUACUAGCAGAAUUGCUGCUCGGCCAGCCGAUAUUCCCCGGAGACAGUGGCGUCGAUCAGCUUGUAGAGAUUAUCAAAGUCCUCGGAACGCCUACGCGCGAUCAGAUACGUGAGAUGAACCCCAACUAUACCGAAUUCAAAUUUCCACAGAUUAAGUCGCAUCCCUGGCAGAAGGUGUUUAGGGCACGCACGCCACCAGAAGCGAUGGAUUUAGUGGCGCGGUUAUUGGAGUAUACACCGUCGUUACGCAUGACGCCGUUGCAGGCUUGUGCGCAUUCGUUCUUCAACGAGCUUCGCGAGCAGGGCACGCGGCUACCGAGCGGCCGCGAGCUGCCGCCGCUCUUCAACUUCACCGAGCACGAGCUACGCAUCCAACCGGUCCUCAACAACAUGCUGAUACCCAAGUACAUGCAAUCGGCCACCGUCACCACUGGUACGGAAGGGAAUCCCGGCGGAGGCGGAGGUGGCGGCCAGUCGGACGCCACAGGCGCUGCCGCCAGCGCUAGCGACGAGGACAAGGACACGAAGGAGGCAAAGGAGCAGGAAGGUCUUCAGGAGCAGCAGGUGGUGGAUGGUGAAUAGAAGAAUAUAUACUGGAUGACACAAAUAUAUCGCAUCGUGCACUGGGAUCGAGACGGACACGACGGCGAUCUUCUCCGAUGAUAUAACGGGCGGGGAAUAAGGAAAUGAUAACAUCCUCGAUUGCGCAGUGAGUCCUUAAUGUUUAAAAUCUAUGAAUGUACGAUAUUAGGGAGAAAUUGUUUAAUAUAGAGCGAGACAUAUGUAAACACGUAAGCGACACAAAAAAUAUUUACUACGCAGUUAAAUAAAAUGAAAUUAUAAAUGAAAUAAACACACAGAGUAGCGCUAGUUACUACCAUGCCUACAUGAUAAAAAAAAUGCGCUAAUUCGACGUCAUGAUUUCGGUGUGAGAGAGAUAUAUGUAUGCGCACGUGUGUGUGUGUGUGUGUUUGUGUGUGCGCGCGUGCGCGCGCGCGCGUCUAGCGUGCGUGCGUGUACGUUUGUGCGUGCGUGUGUGCGCGCACAUUGUCGUGUGCAUGAGAACGCGAGAGCGAAAGUAUGAUGCGCGUAUGAGUGAGAGGGAGAGAGAAAGAGAAAAGCAUGUACAUACAUAUAUAUGUAUGUAAUAUAUAGAUAAAUCACACACACAUAUAUAUAUGAAUAUGUAUAUGUAUGUAUAGGUAAUUAAUUAUAUGAAACUAUACACUGUACUAUGCGAUGAGCAAAAAAAGUAAAGAAGAAAAA